CGGUGGUGUUCAACGUGAUCGUGAUGAAGUUCGUGCUCACCACCGGCAUCGUCCCCUCCCUCAACGUCUCCGCCGGCCUGCUCGGCUUCUUCUUCGUCCGGACGUGGACGGCAGCGCUCGGGAGGGCUGGCCUCCUCCGCCGCCCCUUCACCCGCCAGGAGAACACCGUCAUCCAGACAUGCGUCGUCGCCGCCUCCGGCAUCGCCUACAGCGGGGGCUUCGGAAGUUACCUCUUUGCCAUGAGUGAAACCAUCGCCAAGCAAUCCACAGUAGCCAACGAUUCACAGAACAUAAAGAAUCCAAGACUAGGAUGGAUGAUCGGCUUCCUCUUUGUUGUUAGUUUCCUGGGAUUGUUCUCCCUCGUGCCCUUGAGAAAGAUAAUGAUCAUCGACUACAAGCUGACCUAUCCGAGUGGCACCGCGACGGCGAACCUAAUCAACAGCUUCCACACCCCUCAGGGAGCCAACCUAGCGAAGAAGCAGGUGAGAACGCUGGGCAAGCUCUCGGUAUGCAGUUUCCUUUGGGGUUUCUUCCAGUGGUUUUACACAGGUGGAAAGGACUGUGGCUUCAUCAACUUCCCUUCGUUAGGCCUCAAGGCUUACGACAACAUGUUCUACUUUGAUUUUUCGGCUACUUACGUUGGGGUCGGGAUGAUUUGCCCAUACAUCGUGAACAUAUCUGUGCUCUUGGGAGGCAUUCUCUCAUGGGGAAUCAUGUGGCCUCUGAUAGGCAACAAGAAAGGCGAUUGGUACCCGGCAGACGCGUUGGGCAGUCUUGAUGGGCUCCAAGGUUACAGGGUGUUCAUAGCAAUCGCCUUGAUCCUUGGAGAUGGCCUCUACAACUUCGUCAAGGUCAUGGGCAAGAGCACAGCCGCCUUCGCGUCACAGAUCAGAAGCAGAAGAUCUGCAAGAACGCACACCUUCGCCAUUGACACAUCGGCCGUCUCCUUCGACGACAAGCGCCGCACCGAGCUCUUCCUUCAAGACCAAAUCCCAAAACCAAUCGCCUACGGAGGCUAUCUCCUCCUCGCUGCUGUCUCGACCGCAACGCUGCCCCGCAUCUUUCCCCAGCUGCGGUGGUACUAUGUGUUGGUGGUCUACGUGUUCGCACCGGCGCUGGCGUUCUGCAACGCCUACGGCGCUGGCCUCACCGACUGGUCCCUUGCGUCGACCUAUGGGAAGCUUGCAAUCUUCGCCAUCGGCGGGUGGGCUGGCGCCGCCCACGGCGGCGUUCUUGCCGGCCUCGCUGCUUGUGGCGUCAUGAUGAACAUCGUCUCCACGGCCUCGGACCUGAUGCAGGACUUUAAGACAGGGUAUCUGACUCUGGCCUCACCGAGGUCCAUGUUCAUCAGCCAAGUAAUCGGCACUGCCAUGGGCUGCGUCAUCGCCCCAUCCGUCUUCUGGUUGUUCCUGAAGGCGUUCGACGACAUCGGCAUCCCCGGAUCGGAGUACCCAGCACCUAAUGCCCUUGUUUAUCGUAACAUGGCCAUACUUGGGGUGGAAGGCUUCUCAUCGUUGCCGAAGAACUGCCUCACCCUCUGUUAUGUCUUCUUUGCUGCUGCUAUUCUCAUCAACCUGCUGAGGGACGUGACCGGGAAGAAGGUGGGCAGGUGGAUACCGCUCCCCAUGGCCAUGGCGAUACCGUUCUACUUGGGAUCUUACUUCGCCAUAGAUAUGUGCGUGGGCAGCUUGAUCUUGUUCGUCUGGGAAAGGAUCAACAAGGCCAAGGCAGACGCAUUCGCGCCAGCCGUGGCUUCGGGUUUGAUCUGCGGUGACGGAAUAUGGUCUCUUCCGCAGUCUUUUCUUGCUCUUGCUAAAGUGAAGCCACCCAUAUGCAUGAAGUUUUUGUCGAGGAGCAUCAACCUGAAGGUGGAUUCAUUCAUCGAAUCCCUGUCUCCGUAGCAGAUUUGAUCCAGUAAAUAGCAGAGUAUCUGACAAUAAAGAACAAUUGCAGACGAGAUUAAACAGAAGAUGGUGAUCUAUAGGAGGCAAAGGAUAAGAAUCCUCCAAAUUUUAGUUGUGCUCUGUUAUUGUAUAGAACAUGCUUCUCAUAUAUAUACUACAAUAUACAGUGCUGGAGUCAUCUCCAUGUAGCUAAAUAACAUUUUCUACCAUCUUAUUUGGAGUUACAUUGAGGCUGCUUCUUAAGCUCUACUGAUUGCUUCCAUGAAGCCUAAUCAACAGUUCAGGCAUCACUUGAAUCUGAUGAAAUGAAAAGGUAGGACAAAUAGAUGUUUUAUGGUUCUUGACCAGAGCAAGAAAGAGAUUGAAAUGUCAACAAUUCAAGAAAGCAUGUCCAGAAUCUUGCUAUGUAACCCCUUUUUCCAAUAAGAACUCCUACAAUGCAUAAACUACCCAACAAAGCCGCCAAGAUCUUUCAUGUUUGAUACUCUUGAUAAGGUAUAUUUUUGGUCCAGCAUCACGAGCAAUGCCACAUAGCAUUGUAACCAAGUAAGCAAGAGGGGCACCCCUACGCAUCAAGCCAGGGACCGUAUCAAGGCGUGGAUCGACACGUCCCGUCCCGGAAAGAGUUCCGUGCGUCCCGGAGCGACAACCGCACGAAGGUGCCACCUCACCUCCUGAGGAUCGACUGCUACGCCUGCGUACAUAAAAGG